AUGGUCGAGAAGAAUUAUUGGGACUUCGUUGGUAUGAAAACGUGCCUGAGCUCGAGUAGCAAAAACAUUUCGAAAAAUAUUGAGAAGGAGGAAAAAUCCUUGCCUAAAAUGUGUAGCAAAGAAGAAUCAACUGAUAUCGCUCGAAUAGUUUUAGUAUCUGGUUUACCAACGGAAUGGUUAACUAUACCCAAAGAAAUGUAUACUGUUUCAAUAUGCAAAUGGUUUGAGAAAAAUUUUGGUUUAUCGGAUGAUACAAUUGAGAAUGUCUAUUGUUGUCCACUAACCGAUCCAACUAAUCAGGAAAAUGGCUGCAGAUGCCUUGUCUCAUUUCGCUCUCGCGUGCACAAGCAUCGUGUUAUCGCGCAGAAGUCGAAAAUCGAGACACCAACAACUAUUGAUGAUAUCACAGAGAUUCCGCAAGAGUUUCUUCGUGUCAUUGAAGAUAGCGCUGUGAAAAGCACUGUGGAAGAAACGAUGGAUUUAGAUAACCAGGCAUCAAGUUGUGAUCCUGAUCACAUAGAUCUGGGUAUUAAUAAUGCCAGUUCAAAUGUCGCAUCACUGGAUAAGAACUGUGAUGAAAAUAAUAAAUCUACGAAUAAAGAAUCUUUAAUUACGGAUAGUAAUAAAGACUAUGAAUCUAGAGAAGCUGGCGUAACUGUUAGUGCAGUUUCUCCUCAAAAUAAUACAAUUGAUAAUACGACGGAUAGCAAGGAGCCUCGGAAUAGUUCCAGCAAAGUUAAUAUGGAUCAUGCUGGAAAUGAUGCUCCAUUCUAUGCUACAACUAAUUUAAAUGAGGAAGAUAACGCUGUCAUACAAAGCGAAUCUAAGUUAGACGAGGCAGUGAAAGAAGGAAGAGAAUCAUCAGUAAACGUUUCAAAGAACCUUUCAAGUAGCAUUAGUCGAUUUGAUUCGCAUGAGGAACAUUAUUUGAACUUGCCGAUCAAUCUGAUUGGUGCACCGUGCUUCCAGUGGCGUGAAAGUACUGCAUUCAUCCUUCUUCAUCUUUCUUGUAUUAUAGCAUGUCGAACAGCAGCAGAACGACGUUUACUUAUUAUAUGUGAAGCUUUGGUCUGCGAUUUGUAUAAUCCCUGGCUUUAUCCAAUUUUAAUGCGUUCUAGAUUGGUCGAAACAAAUUUUCCACUUCUAUUUGCACAAGAUAAUCCGAAGGAUUCUGUUGGUCGAAUUAAGCUAUAUUUCUCUGAUGAAACUGCAAUGGCAUCUUGCGUAAUCAACUAUCUCGUAUAUAUCAGAACAACUAAAGCUCGUCAGCUCAGAAUAUUCCUUCCGCAGACAAAACUCACGUUGGAUUACAAAGAAGAUUUAAAUAGUAGAUUGGGCCGUGUACGGUCACCUCCUGUUACGAUGCGUCAACUUCUUAUAAAAUCUUUAACUGAAGACAUAACAGAAGAUAUGAUUCGAAACAUUGCUUUCAAGAAUUUCAAUAUUGAAUCAGUCGAAUUUAGAACAGACCUUCUGAAAAAUCGAUGUGCUCUUAUAACAUUUCCUUCGGCUGAACUUGCCAUUAUUGCCCACAGCAACCAUAAUUAUGUACAUUUUGGUGAUCCAAAAGAUGAUAAAGGAUGGUUGAAAGUACUUUACGUUUGUAGCAAUUCUUUACAAUUCUUUACAGCAUCAGUUCGAGGUUGGGAUACUAAAGAUUUGCUUACUAGAACUGAAUUCAAAGCUUUCAAGUUAAAUCCUUCAAAAAAUCAACGCAAAAUGAAAUUUGAAAGUGCAGAGGAGAAUGCUGGUCUCGAUGAAAAUAGGGAUCCAGAUUCAAAAGAAGAGAAAAAUCCCAAUAAUACAACUAACGAAGGAACUAAUGAGUUAAAUUCAUCUUCUGACGUUAAAAACAACAAUGAAAAUUCAGAAAAACCAGAUAAUGAGCAUCCAAAUUUAAAGCGUUCUGGCUCACCAGCGUUGGAACGUACAACUGAAAUACGUCGCAAAAGACGACGAACUAGAAGAAGAGAGCGUGAUAUUGCACGAAGGGAGGAUCGAAUGCGAAGACGACUCAGAACUGGAAGUUAUUCAAGGCCUUUCGAUCCUUUUGAAAAGUCAAGCAGCCACUAUAUGAAUGACGCGAAUAUGGGCUUACGGCGUUGGGAUGAUAUGUCCAGAUUUACAGCAUUGGAAGCUAGACGACGUGAAUUUGAUAGAAGCUUUGCCUUCCCAGCUAGAAGAGGUGGCAGAGAUUUUGAUUAUUACUGUGAGCCGCCAUAUCAUUCACCUCCAAGACCUCUCAGAAGGCGAAAAGAAAAUAGAAGAGAACGCCGCCGUAUUGCGCGUUUAGCUGCUGCUGGAUCAGAUGAAAUUCGUGGUGAUUCAUCGAGAAACGAUGAGCAACAAAACAGAGACAGAAGAAACAAUGAACAAGAAAAAUCGGAAAAAGAUGCGUUUUGCACGUAUAACCCGGGGGAAGGCAGCACGCAACAAAAGCAGCUGAAGAAAGUUCAAGAGCGAUUACAACCAUCAAGAAUGAUGAUUAAUCCAGGUUUAAAUAUAUCACGAUUUAGUGAUUAUGUCGGUAUGGGUGGUUCGCGUGGAACGGACAUAAAUGCCUCGGCUUUUCAAGGAAAUUAUGGAUUUACUCCCAAUAUGGGUAAAGCUAUGCCGUUGGGAGCAUUGGGAAGUGGUAUGCAAGCCAUGGGAAAUGCUAUGCAAAUGGGUAUGCCAGCUCCAGGUGCUAAUAUGCAAGCUAUGUGCGGUUUUGAAACAGCUGAACCACAAUUCUUCCGUACUCCACCUCGUGUCACUCAGAAUCCAUACAUUCCUAUUGCGCAACAAACUACUACACCUUAUACGUCGUAA